AUGGACGGGAUUAUCUGGUACUCUGCAUCUCACGGCACUGGAUCCCUGUUUGUCACUCUUCAGAAACCUGCUUAUUUGGUGUUCCCAGAACCAGAACCAAACCAGCCCAACAUCAACCACUCACAGUACAAAGGACCGGUCCCCCUGAGAAGCCUUCUGCUCUCAGCCUGGACACAAGCCUGGACCUGCGGCUGCCCGGGUCGGGACCCGGACAGCUGCAGGGCCCGACCCGGGCAGCCGCAGGGCCCAACCCGGGCAGCCGCUGGUCCCGACCCGGGCAGCCGCUGGUCCCGACCCGGGCAGCCGCUGGUCCCGUCCCGGGCAGCCGCUGGUCCCGUCCCAGGCAGCCGCAGGUCCCGACCCAGCAACAGGAGGUCCCGACCCAGGCAGCCGCAGGUCCUGACCCAGGCAGCCGCAGGUCCCGACCCAGGCAGCCGCAGGUCCCGACCCAGCAACAGGAGGUCCCGACCCAGGCAGCCGCAGGUCCCGACCCAGCAACAGGAGGUCCCGACCCAGGCAGCCGCAGGUCCUGACCCAGCAACAGGAGGUACAGCUUCCUACAAUUUCUGAGAUACAAACAAUUUGUCAGAACCAUCUACACUUAGCUA